UCGAGAGGAGCUGGUGGCAGCACUCAGUUCUCACCAUUUCAUCCCAGCCCCACGAUCUCCUACAGCAGGAGGAGACUGACUGCAGAGUAUUCUGUGCUCAGUGAGUGGGAGGGUCACAGUGUGUGAGACUAAUAAGGACAGAGCUGCAUCCCCCUCUAUCACUCUUCGGAGCCUCACUGACUCCGGCAACUCCUCGGUGCUACGGCAGCUCCGUACAGGCGUUUUCAGUGCUUCUGGGGGGGGGUCUAAACCAAAAAUCAAAGAUUUGUAGCUGAUCGUUCACAUGUGUCCAGGGGGAGAUGAAGUACAUUGGAUCCUGCAUAGUUUGGCUUUGUAUGGCAGUCUUCCUCCUCCUUCCUGUUUCUACUUCCGUGGCUGUCAGUGACCAGACAGGUGCUGUGUGUCCUUUAAUGAAAACUGUUGUCCAUCAUCUCAAACAAAUGAAGAGAGACAGUGCUGGUGUCUCAGGUUUUGACCUGGCAGAAAGCUUUGCUCUGAGGCAAACCUCUUGUGGAGGGGAAAAAGUCUGUUUCAAACUGGGAAGUGCACCUCUCAUCAGAGAUACCAAGCAAGUAUUUCCCAAGGGGAUUCCUGAAGAGUACUCUCUAGUUGCUACGUUCCGGGUCCGGCGCAGUACCAAGAAAGAGCGUUGGUACAUCUGGCAAGUGCUAAACCAAUAUGACACACCUGAGAUCUCUGUCCUUCUGGAUGGUACAAAAAAGGUGGUGGAGUACAUGACCAAAUCUUCUCGGAGCAAUAUACUGCACUACACUUUUAAGAGUCGGGAACUUUAUCCCUUGUUCGACCGCCAGUGGCAUAAGCUUGGUAUUAGCGUGCAGCCAGGGGUCAUUGCCCUCUAUUUGGAUUGUAAUUUCAUUGAGAGAAAGCAGACUGAUGAGAAAUUCACCAUUGACUUGCAGGGAAGGACUCUGAUUGCUUCUCGUGCUGCAGAUGAUAAGCCUGUAGAUAUUGAGCUUCACCACUUAAGUGUUUACUGCAAUCCCAACCUUGCAAUGGAAGAUUCGUGUUGUGAGAUAUCUGCAGACCUGUGCUCACGGGAAGAGAGGAUCCUUGCUACGACUUCAUCACCAGUGACUGUUCGUGACAGCAAAGCAUCCCUGCAGCAAGAACCUGGAGAGGAAUGCCACUGCUUCCCAAAGAAAGGAGAAGCAGGCUUGCCAGGAGCAGCUGGUUUGCCAGGCCACAAAGGAGAGAAAGGUGAAAAGGGUGAAAUGGGCAUGAAAGGACAGGAUGGUGUUGCUGGUCCUCCCGGUGAAAAGGGGGAAGCUGGCUUAAUAGGUGCUCCUGGUGUACCUGGUCCUACUGGUUCCAAGGGGGAGCGUGGCUUUACAGGCAGCAAAGGUGAAGAAGGUGAAAAGGGAGAAAAAGGAGAGAAAGGAGAACCAGGACCAGAAGGCACUCCUGGAAGAGAGGGCCAAAGAGGUGACCCUGGCAUUCCUGGUAUGGCUGGCCCUAAAGGAGAGAAGGGAGAUUCAGGACCUCCAGGACCAGCUGCCUUGAGUGGUCUGCCAGGGCUGGAGGGUCCCCAAGGUCCACCUGGCAAGGAAGGCCAAAGGGGAAGAAGAGGCAAACCAGGUCUCCCAGGAAAACCAGGGCCACCAGGACCUCCUGGCCCUUCUGGACUAAAAGGAAUUCUGGAUUCACUGAACAAGCCUUCUAAUGAGAGCGAUCCAAGGCUACUGGGAUUACUUGGGACCCCAGGACCUAAAGGCCAGAAGGGAGACAUGGGUGAAAAAGGAGACCUGGGAAUCACUGGACUGAAAGGAGAAAAGGGAGAGCCUGCUGCAAAAGGGGACAAGGGAGAUCCAGGAGAAACUGGACUGGAGGGAUCAAAAGGAGACAAGGGUGAAACAGGAGACCCUGGACCACCUGGUCUUGUUGGGAGUCCAGGAUCAAUGGGACUGCAAGGACCUCCAGGACCUGUUGGACCCAGGGGACUGCCAGGAGAAGUUGGCUUACCAGGAGAACCUGGAGGACCAGGAAACCCAGGAGUGAAAGGAGAAAAGGGGGACUCUGGGGGAAUUGUGGGACCUCCUGGACACCCAGGGCCAAAAGGUGACGUGGGGCCACCUGGGCCAAGCCUGCCUGGCACACCAGGUCCCACUGGUACUCCUGGAAGCCCAGGUCCAAGGGGACCAAAGGGAGAAAGAGGACUACCUGGUGUGCAAGGAGCCCCUGGGGAGAUGGGGCCCCCUGGAAUUGGCAUCCAGGGCUCCCCAGGUCCUAUGGGUCCAGCUGGAUCAACAGGUGUGCAGGGCCCCAGGGGACCCCCAGGAUUACCAGGAACUCCAGGUACCCCUGGUAUUAAUGGUACUCCGGGAAGAGACGGCAAGCCAGGCCUGCCAGGCCCUCCAGGUGAUCCUAUUGCACUGCCACUGGUGGGAGACAUGGGAGCCAUACUGAAGGGUGAUCCUGGCACAAGAGGUCCUCCAGGCAUCCCUGGUAGAGAAGGGCCAAAGGGAAGCAAAGGUGAACGUGGAUUUCCAGGCCUUGCUGGAGAGAAGGGAGAUGAGGGCCUCCAGGGUGUUCCUGGACUGCCAGGUGUACCAGGACCCAGUGGACCAUCUGGAGUCACUGGGAGACCUGGACACCCUGGGCCAGCAGGGGCGAAAGGAGAAAAGGGUAGUGAAGGUUCUCCUGGGAAGCCUGGACCGCCUGGACCUCCGGGUGUGCCUUACAAUGAAAGGAACGGAAUGAGCAGCUUAUAUAAACUCCAGGGAGGUGUGAGUGUUGCAAGUUAUCCAGGUCCACCAGGACCUCCAGGUCCAAAAGGAGAUCCUGGCACAGCGGGAGACCCAGGACCCAUGGGAUUACCAGGACUGGAAGGACUUCCAGGGGAAAAGGGGGACCGUGGACCAGCUGGCACACCAGGAGUAGCAGGGACACCGGGAAAGCCUGGAUCUCCUGGGGCCCCAGGGAUGCCAGGGGAACCUGGUGAAAGAGGACCUAUAGGAGAUAUAGGCUUCCCUGGGCCAGAAGGGCCACAAGGAAAACCAGGAAGCAAUGGAAAAGAUGGAUUGCCAGGCCCACCGGGUGCUGUGGGGAGACCAGGAGACAGAGGACCCAAAGGAGAACGUGGUGAUCAGGGCAUUCCAGGAGACAGAGGUCCACAAGGUGAACGUGGGAAACCUGGCCCAUCAGGAGAGAAAGGGGAUGUGGGUCCUAUUGGCCCACCAGGACACAGAGGCUAUCCAGGCUCACCAGGUCAUCAAGGGCCUCCAGGUUCACCAGGACCCCCAGGGUUUCCUGCUGACACAGUUUCACUCGAAGAAAUAAAAAGCUACAUCAAACAAGAGGUUCUGAAGGUGUUUGAAGAAAGGAUGGCUCAGUUUGUAUCCCAGCUGAAGCUGCCUGCUGCAAUGCUUGCCUCCCAAGCACAUGGAAAACCAGGCCCCCCAGGAAAAGAUGGCUUGCCAGGGCCACCAGGAAAGGAUGGCUUGCCAGGGCCGCCAGGAGAACGUGGGGUUCAAGGUUAUAGAGGACAGAAAGGGGAAAGAGGCGAGCCUGGAAUUGGACUGCCCGGUAACCCUGGACCGCCCGGCCCUGCAGCUACUGGCCUGCCAGGCCCACCAGGGACACCAGGCUCACCCGGAGCACAGGGGCCACCAGGAGCCAGCGGGAGGUGCAACCCAGCUGAUUGUUAUUACCACACAUCACAGACUCGGGCACACAGCAGCGGGAAAUAAAAGCCCUCUCCCUUAGACACUUGGGUUCACAGUCACCUCUCACUUCUCUCAGUCAGUUCAUUUAACCUUUGAAGUAUUUGGUGCAUUUUGGGUUGGUUUGGGGUGGUUUUUUUUGUUGUUGUUUUGGUUGGGUUUUUUUCCCUCAACACUGCAUGGUAAAUACUGAAUUUCUAAGGCCCCAAAGGGAGCCUUUUUGGUUUUCCCUCUGUUCCUUGCAGUGUGGGAACGAUGAAAUGAUGCCACCUUGUUUUCCAGAGUGCAUUCCAUGUGUUAUGUUCCUCAUAUUUAUUUUGCUUAGAGGAGAAAAUAGGCCCAAAGGGGUUUCAGAAAGCUUCUUUCUUCAAACAAGCAAACAAACUGGUUGGAACAGCAGACAGUGUCUAUGCCUCCCCCUGUCAGCUGGCUUGGGGUUUUUUUUCCUGCCUGGUGGUGAUGUUUAAAUGGAGAAAAUGCCUUGCUGAAGUUUUGAAACCUUACCUGUUGGUGGAGAAUGCAGGACCUGAGCUGGAGCACUGAGAUGUUCACGUCCCUCAAGAAGG